AUGCCCUACAUCGAGACUGAAGCAGCUACGAAGGCGACCCUCAUGUACCUUGCCGCAACUGCAAAAAGUCCAGUCUCCAAUGUUUGCGUCCAAGGAAAUCUUUCCGCUUCAAAAAGGCUCCUCGGCCUCAGCAUGAGUUCACCUUCGACUCAAACCAGACAUGACGCCUUAUCUUACAUUGAUGUUACGAAAGAGGUUGCUCUUGCUUCUGUCGGAUCUGCACAGCACCCGGACCACACCAACGAACGCCGGUCUAAAAGGCUACUGCCAGAUCACACACAUGAAAGUGCAGAGCGAGCGGCAGAAGCCUCGUCCCUUUCUGACCAAGCAGCACCUGAACAAUUACACGGAUCUCCGGUCUAUGAUUCUGACGAUGAAAUAAUGGAAAACCCACAACCCACCUACGAAGAGCAGUCUCGAGCCCAAAGGAUUGAACCAGACCUGUUCAGCCGGAUUGAGGCUUCAUCAAGUCCCAUCCAGACCCAACCUGUCGAGCAAGUCCAGUCAUCGACUGAGGUCCCAAGCCAUGAUCAGUCACGUCCAGCCGGUUCUCAAACUCAGGUCGGGAGUCAGACGGGACAUGGUCUCACCCCUAGCAAUCAAUCAGUAUCCGACCUACCACAUCCAUCUUAUGCCUUUCCGUCACCGUAUUAUGCUUCUCCCGAUGCGUUACACGGUCUCCCAGAGAAAGCAACACAUCAGGCAUACACAAGCCUCCAGGAGGCUUGUCUGAUCAAGCACUUCAUCAACAAGUUGGCGCAUGCCUUCGAGACAACCGAUCGAGACCGCCAUUUCUCUCUUGUGAUCCCCCAGCGUGCCAUGUUCUGUCCGGUGCUUUUAUAUGCCAUACUCACUGCGUCGGCACGCCACCUGACUCGAUUGCAUUCAACACAUAGUAAACGGCCGGUCGAAUUUGAAGGAACUCCUCUCGCCGACCUCAACGAAAAUUCGGCAGUAGAAUAUCACAACCUCUGCAUUUCCUACCUGAUGGAGGUAUUGAAUGAUCCGAAGAAGACGAUCAAUCAAGACGCUCUAAUUGCUGCAACCAUCCUCAGGUUCCACGAACAAAUUGACACCCCAUUGACCGGCUGGGACUCGGAGACCUAUCUAAGCGUCCUCCGGGGAGUGAUAGAGUCACAACAGAACGGAUCCUUCUAUUCCCUGCGCACGAUCCAUGGUCCUCCCCGAGACUGCGAUAUAUAUGCCUCAAACAAUGCGUCGCUGGCUCAUUCUGCUUGCUUGAUUGCUCUCCGACAGGAAAUCUGGUCGGUCUUACUCUACCGUAGACCUUUCCGUCUCCCACUCUGUCCAGACAACGACUAUUCAGAUCUGGAUCCAGCAGUGGAUGACUACACAUGGACGAACCGCAUCUUGGUCUGGUGUGCCGAUGUUUGCAAAUUCGCGUUCGGUGGGGUAGGCGGUACCAUCGAGCCGAGUAGCCGUGUUGAUCGGUGGAAGCGCCUCAAAGUCGUGCAGGACAAGUGGGAUUCGGUUCAGCCAGCCUGCUUCAAGCCCCUUUACUACCGAGACGCGGAUCCCUUGAGGGGUAAGUAUUUCCCAGAGGAAUGGCACAUGAAUGAUUGCCAGGUUCUCGCGCUCCAGCACUUCGAACUGGCGCGAAUAUUGCUUGCUGUAUACGACCCAAACCUCCAGAGAUUAGGGCUAGGCUCCAGUUCGUCCAUGACUUCCCUCGAAGCUCAACUAAGGCGCUCCACAAUGCGUCUCUGUGGACUGGCUCUUGCCAAUAUCAAUGACCAGCCCGGCAUGGUCACAGCAGCAGUGGGAGUAUCGAUGUGCGGCGAAUACAUCCGCGAUGCUGGAGAGCAGUCCGCCGUUGAAGGUUUUCUCUCUACGCUAGAGCGCGAGCACGCUUGGCCCACCCAAGCUGUCAGGCAUGCUCUGCGAGAUGCUUGGGAGGCAACACGAAAGCAGUCAGCAGCAUAUUCAAGCCCAGAAGAGUAG